CCCGCAUCUCAACAUUUGAUUCGUGCUUUCUGACGCCUUACUCUCGAUUCCGCUCUCCUCCUCCUGCCCCGGCCCGUACCCAAAGAGAGACCCUGCAUCUCUCUCUUCCGCCCACUCUAAUCAGCUCAUGGCCCCGUUGCCGUAAACCUUCCCGUUUGUCGUGACCUUUCCUCUCUCCUUUUGCCGAAAACCUUCGUUUUCUUCCCAACAUAUGACAUCAUCGAUUUUUGUGAGACGAAAAUCCAUCGGUUCGAGAUAAGUCGCGUAAGACACAGUUGAGGUGCACACACACACACACACACACACACACACACAUACACACUUGCACCUCAUCCCGUAUACACACACCGCUUCACAUCGGGUGUUGUCGUUUUCUCAUGUUCGCGCGACUCACCCAGCUGUCUCGGCAUCUCCCCUCGGCCCAAUCAAUAACACAAGCUGUUAAGCCCGCCGCUUUCCCAGUCUCCGCCGGCUUCGCCCGCAGCAGCAGAAUCAUGGUUUCGGCAGACGAGCGCAACACCCGCACGAUUCACACGGCGGCGUGUCUCAUCAUCGGAGAUGAGGUUCUCGGCGGAAAGACAGUUGAUACCAACUCGGCUUACAUGGCCAAGUGGUGCUUUUCUCUGGGCAUUAACUUGAAGCGAGUCGAAGUCAUUGAAGACGAUGAGAGCGAAAUCGUCGAAGCCGUCAGGCGCAUGAGCGAUCGUUACGACUUUGUGGUAACCAGCGGCGGAAUCGGUCCAACACACGACGACAUCACAUACCAGUCAAUAGCAAAGGCCUUUGACCUACCCCUCGUCCUGAACCAGGAAGCCUUCGAAAAGAUGAAGAAGCUGUCCAAGCCGCACCCGGGCCAGCCAAACUUUGACUGGGACGUCGACUCGCCCGCCCUGCAGGCGAAGCUGCGCAUGGUCAUCCUCCCCACAGACGAGAAGCGCGACCCCAAGAAGCAAUUCGUCUUCCCCCACGAGGACCUCUGGGUGCCGGUCAACGUCGUCAACGGCAACGUUCACAUCUUGCCGGGCGUCCCGCGACUUUUUGAGAAGCUCCUCGACGGGCUGAAGCCAGGCAUCGUGCCCCGGCUCACCGAUCCGGAGGGCAAAGGCCUCUGCCGCGUGCUCAUUUCUACUCCGCUCCCGGAGAGCGCCGUCGCCGGCUACCUGACGCAGCUCGCGGCCAAGGUCGAGCCCAAGGGCGUCAAGGUCGGCAGCUAUCCCCGGUGGGGCCAGAACGGCACCGUGACGUUGGUUGGAAGGGACCAGGCUUACAUCGAGAGCAUCGUGGCCGAGGUUGUCCAGGGUGUCGAAGGUAAGCGUGUAAACGCGGAGGGUGAGGAUGAUACCCAGGGCGAGGCGGGAAAAGAUCUCGAAUAAUGUUAGCAAAACCUAAAUCUCAAAUCAGAUAGCGAUCAACCCCCACGAUCCCGAAGGAAGUGGCUCCGCUGCG